ACCCAGGUCCCAGGGUAAUGGCAUUUAGCUCCAGACAGACAUGGCAGUCUGUGGAUGCCAGGUGCCCGGGCUGAAGCAGCGUGCAGAGUGAGGGGCUGCGGGCUGCUGUGUAAGAGAAGAGGCGUGAAGCAGAGCACAGUCCAUCGGCUGCCAGGAUGAAUUCCUCAUUUAACCUGCGUUUCUUGGAUCUCAACCCAAACAUGACAGAGGGCAACCUCUCCGGAGCCAGUGUGAAGAACAAGACUUCUCCGUGUGAGGACAUGGGCAUCGCUGUGGAGGUAUUUCUGACUCUGGGUCUCAUCAGCCUCUUGGAGAACAUCUUGGUCAUCGGUGCCAUCGUGAAGAACAAGAAUUUGCACUCUCCCAUGUAUUUCUUCGUGUGCAGUCUAGCCGUAGCGGACAUGCUGGUGAGCAUGUCCAACGCCUGGGAGACCAUCACCAUAUACUUAAUCAAUAAUAAGCAUGUGGUGAUAGCGGACGCCUUUGUGCGCCACAUAGACAACGUCUUCGACUCUAUGAUCUGCAUUUCCGUGGUGGCGUCCAUGUGCAGCUUGCUGGCCAUUGCAGUGGAUCGCUACGUCACCAUUUUCUACGCCCUGCGCUACCACCACAUUAUGACAGUGAAGCGCUCAGGGCUGGUGAUCGCGUGCAUCUGGACCUUCUGCACAGGCUGUGGCAUUGUCUUCAUUCUUUACUAUGACUCCACCUAUGUCGUCAUUUGCCUCAUCUCCAUGUUCUUCACCAUGCUGUUCCUCAUGGUAUCUCUGUAUAUACACAUGUUUCUGCUGGCACGGGCUCACGUCAAGCGGAUCGCCGCUCUGCCCGGGUGCAGUUCUGUGCAGCAAAGGACCAGCAUGAAAGGCGCGGUCACCCUCACCAUGCUGCUGGGUGUGUUCAUUGUGUGCUGGGCUCCCUUCUUCCUGCAUCUCAUUCUGAUGAUUUCCUGUCCUCAGAACAUCUACUGCUCUUGCUUUAUGUCUCACUUCAACAUGUACCUCAUACUCAUCAUGUGUAAUUCUGUGAUCGACCCUCUAAUAUAUGCCUUCCGCAGCCAAGAGAUGCGGAAGACUUUCAAAGAGAUCAUUUGUUGCCAUGGCUUCAGGGUACCUUGUAGGUUCCCUAGGAGGUAUUAA